AUGGUAAAAUCCUGGGCUUCUGGUGAAGACGAUCACUUUGUGGCCAGAGCAGAGUUUGAUUUUAAUGGAAGUGGUGAGGAGGAACUUUCCUUUAGAGCAGGACAACUCAUCAAAGUAGCCCCUAAAGAAAUUCAGCCAAGAAUGAGGGGCUGGCUAUUGGCAUCAGUAGAUGGACAGAAAGUGGGCAUCAUUCCCGCAAAUUAUGUCAAAGUCCUGGGGAAGAAGAGGGGUACAAAACAUCAGACACAGUCCGUCCCCUCAAACACAGGUGUCCCUCCAGCCACGGCAGUGACCAGUGCCUCCACCCCCGAUCUGUUGUCAGGGACAAGUACCUGUUGUAAAAAGACAGGUGCUCAGUCAUCCAAUUCAGAAAAUGUACCGAUAAAACCAGCUGCAAGUGCUCCGUGCCUGGACAGUGUUAAUUCUUUAGAAGUGGAAAACAAUUCUUCAUUUUCUAAUUUAGAGGAUGCUUUCUCAAAUGAUUCAAAUUCAGGAAGCAAAUCCAAUAGUGAACCAGAAAAUAUGAAUGCCAAGGAUAUUUUGGAAGCCACGGACAAUAACUUGAUAAAUUGAAAUGUUACAUUUUCAUUUUAAUUUUAGAUUAAUAAUAAGUGAUGGUGAUAAUUUUAUAUUGUUUGAAUUUAAAUUAUGCUACAGAUAAUUUUGUACAAUGUACUAUUUAUAUAUGAUGCAAAGUAUAUUUUGAUUGUACUUGUGUCAUAAAAUCUACAAUGUUUACAAAUAUAUGAUGUAUACAAAUAAAACAAAUAGAUUUAAACCCAGUGGAAAGGAGAAAAAGACUGAUUAAGAUACCCAAGGGAAAACACAGAGAGAUUAAGGGGUUGUGACUUCCAAAUUCACCUCAACUUACCUUCAUUGUUCUGGCCUAAUUGAUUUUAUUUUUCAUUGCUCCAGAUACAAAACUUUACCUGUAUAAGUGUUUGUAUUUAGUCAUAAAGUUUAUAGUGUUAUAACUCCAGAAAAUUGAUGUCCAUAUAAUUUGUGAGUUCAGACUUCAGUACAUAUAAUUCUGAUCUCUUGUUAGUAGACUGUAGGAAUCGCCAAAUACAUGUACAUGUACAAUAAACCAGUUGUGUAUAACUGUACAAAAGUUUGUUUAUAUGAGCAACAAGAAAAACCAUAAUGUUGGAAUCCAACAUGAAUUUUUAUGUAAAUCUGUUUACAUGAAGUGCUUUCCACUUAAUAUGACAUUGCUUGUUAAAAUUAUAUAUAUUAAAUUAAAUAUUUCGG